AUGGCCGCCCCAGAACUGGUAGAACAGCAAGGCGUGCGCAUAGCAGUCGAAGGUUGCGGCCAUGGAGUGCUACACGAGAUCUAUGCGUCUGUCGCAAAAGCUUGCGAGCUAAAAGGCUGGCCAGAUGUGGAUCUCCUAAUUAUUGGCGGCGACUUCCAGGCUGUUCGAAACGCGUCCGAUCUCAAGGCAGUAUCGAUGCCCUCCAAGUACUACGCCAUGCACGACUUUCACGAGUACUACUCAGGCUUGCGCACAGCCCCGUAUCUCACCAUAUUCAUCGGCGGCAACCACGAAGCGAGCAACUACAUGUGGGAGCUCUACUACGGUGGGUGGGCCGCACCAAAGAUAUACUACAUGGGCGCAGCCAAUGUGAUAAGGCUGGGACCACUGCGCAUUGCUGGUCUGUCUGGUAUCUGGAAAGGCUACAACUACAAGAAGCCACACUAUGAGCGCUUGCCCUACAACAGUGACGAUGUUCGGAGCAUCUAUCAUGUUCGAGAACUCGACGUGCGGAAACUGCUUCAAAUACGGACGCAGGUUGACAUUGGACUGAGCCAUGACUGGCCGCGCGGUAUGGAGUGGAAAGGCAAUUACCGGCAGCUCUUUAGCUGGAAGCCGGACUUUGAGCAAGAGGCCAAGGACGGUACUCUUGGUAGUGUUGCUGCAAAGGUAGUCCUUGAGCGCCUGCGACCACCUCAUUGGUUCAGCGCCCAUAUGCAUGCUAAGUUUCCCGCCGUUUGGGACCACGCAGAAGUUCCGACUGCUCCGCCACCGCAAAAAGAUGCUGAUAGUGCUAUCCCGCGAGUCGUAAACGACGGCGAGAUUGAUCUGGAUGUAUCAAACGAGGAGCCAAUACCAGCACCUAAGAAUGAUGCCGAAAUUGAUCUUGACAUGGAUUUGGACGAGGACGAGGUGGUCCCUGUACCAGUCGCAGAGCCCAAGGAGCCUAUACAACCUGCUGAUAUGGAGAGCGAGACUCAAGUUCCAGAAGACAUUCGCAGCCUCUUGCCGGAAUCAUUCUCACGUCCGAAGGCUGAGACAGUACAGACCCUCCCCUUUCCUGAAGAUAUAACGAACAAGACGACCAACUUCCUCGCACUAGACAAGUGCUUGCCCAAACGGAGCUUCCUGCAAUUGCUGGAAAUACAACCACAUACACCUGCGGAAUUGCAACGGCCUCUGCGAUUGCAGUAUGACAAGGAGUGGCUUGCCAUUACUCGUGUCUUCGCCGAUCACCUUACUGUAGGGGAUCCCUAUGCGCAAGUCCCUGCAGACAAAGGCGAUGCGGUCUACCGACCUCUUGUGGAGAAAGAGAUAGCUUGGAUCGAAGAGAACCUUGUUAGAGCUGACAAGAUGAUGAUACCUGAGGAUUUUACAGCAACUGCGCCGACAUACGACCCCGCACUAGGCAUACAUGUCCAGGCUACCCCGCAAGAGUACAGUAACCCGCACACUCAGUCAUUUUGCAACUUACUGCAGAUCCCAAAUGUGUUUCAUGCGUCAGAUGAAGAGCGGGCACAAUUAGCGCAACGCGGUCCGAGACCGGAGCAACAGCGGUCCAAUCGAGGCGGGGGAAGAGGCGGAGGUGGACAUAGAGGGGGUGGGCGUGGCCAAGGGCAUAGGGGACGUGGGAGGGGCGGAAGGGGUGGUCGUGGUCGGGGAAGAUGGUGA